UCACAUUUGACUGAAUUACUCCAAGAAAUAAUGCAUCUUUCUUCUAUUUAUGCCAGUGAGGCAAAGUGACAAAUGAAUGGUCUUCUAUUAGAUGGCAGGAAGUACAUACAGUAAUUAAUGUAGCCACAUUUUGUGAGAUUUUUGUUUGUCGGUGUGCCGUGAUUGUUCACUUGUGAAAUAUGUGCCUUGGCUCCAUAAAGGUUGGAAAUCACUGCAGUACAGGCAUGCUGAAGCGCACUAAAUACAGCCGCCUGCACAAUGAUUCAAGAAGCUCCCAGGACGACUGCUCCGGCCACUCGGACUCUGAUUUCGCCCACGACGCGUCAUCCGCCCCGAGGGACUCGGCACCCGGCGUGCCGUCGCAGAGUCCCCCGCAGGGGUCGAGUGCGGCCCCCGGGGCCGGAAGCGUUGAUGAGCAGUGCAGUGGCACCAAACCCCCCAAGAGACCAAUUAGCUUCCAUCACACGUGCAGCUUCCCAGGGACGCCGAGCUGUUCUUCUUGCGCUCUACACAAAUGCAAGCAGUGCUCUUCAGCGGUCCAUAGAGCGGUCCACCAUCACAUCAAGUAUAUGGGUAGCGUGGAGGUGACCCGUUCCAUGAGAACCCUCGACUUUGACACAAGGAAGCAAGUCACGCGAGAGGCAAUCAACAGAUUGUGCAAGAGGACGGCGGCCAGGAGCACAGACAAAGCAACAAGUCCCGAACACAAGCAUGUGUCCUGUGUUCUGGGUCGGAGCAACCUGCAGUUUGCGGGCAGGCGGGUCAUCCUUAGCGUCUCCGCAGACACGCUCACCCUCCUGGCCGCCUCCUCGCAGAGAAUCACCCAACAUUCCAUCCAGGCAAUUUCGUUCGCCUCAGGGGGAGACCCAGACAUGGAAGACUACAUUGCAUAUGUAGCCAAAGAUCAAGUCAAUCAAAGAGCAUGUCACAUCCUGGAGUGUCUUCAAGGCCGAGCGGCCGAGGUGAUCCGCAGCAUCGGUUGGGCCUUUGAGUCGCGCUUCAAACAGCUUCUCUGUCAUGUGCCGUCACUCAUCUCCGCUGAUCCCAGAUCUGCGGGGAGAAUCUGCAACAAAUGGCUAUCGGAGGAGACUUUAAUGGAGCCAAAAGAUGCCGAUGAGGAUAAUAUUGAUGGUAACAGUGAACAUCAUCACUACUACAAUGUGAGUCCGGGGAACACGCCACCCCUUGGACAAGGCGUUGACCUGUGGGUCACAAGGGCAGAGAAUGAACAGAUUGCCUCCUCUCCAGCUGUUGCACUCUGCGAGAAUUGUUCCAUCAAGCAGGAUCCAGAUGCUCGAACAACAGAGCCAGCGGAGUCUGAGACGAGGAGUAAACGAUGUUCCGCUCCUUGCGAAACAAACAUCGGGAACCCGAUCCAGGAGGAGGGUUGGUUCCACGGCAGGUUAGGAAGAGAGCGGGCCGAGUCGCUUCUCUCGUGUAACGGAGACUUCCUGGUACGAGAAAGCAGCUCGGCCCGUGGUCAGUACGUGCUCAGCGGGAUGGACGGAACCGCCGUGCGACACCUGCUGCUGGUCGAUCCGCACGGCCAGGUCCGGACCUGUGACCAGGUCUUCCUUAGCGUGGGCCACCUGGUUCGGUUCCACAUGCACCACCGGAUACCCAUCGUGACCGGGAGCAACCGGCUUUGCCUCCAGCAGCCAAUCCUGCAAAGACACUAACGUGUACACGCAGGCAUUCUCUACGUUUGCCUCCGUUUGAGCAUGCAGCCGUACUAGUACUCCUUCGUUCCUCCCUAGUAAGGCAAUAGUCGAACGACUGUGUCUUACUAGUAACGUUUUCCUCCGCUAUAGAGCAACUUUUGGCCAGCUAGUAAGCUAAGCUAAGCUAAGCUAAGCUUCCCAUUGUUCCAAAGUAUAUAUUUAGUAUAGUUAUAUUUAACCGUUUGCAAGGAACAACUCAAGAAGUGGCUCCUCUUUUGUUCAUAUUCGUAUCUAAUUGACUCCUACUUGUGUUAAUUAUUAUAAAUUGCAUAUAUAUACAUGCAUGAAUUUGGAUUUUACGUAGACACAGUCAUUGCAAUUUGGAACUCCACUGGGUACAAGAUGGCUUUUUCUGUCCACUAUUUCUCACAUCCACUUUGUCCCUGCCUGACUUCCGAAGCACAAUGGCCACAGUUGUUUGUCGGCAGAUUUUCAGUAUUUGCAAAAAGCGAUAUACAUACAAAAUGAACAGAUACGAUUCGAAGCGUGAAGCUCAAAUAUUAUACUGUAUAGAUUCCAACUCCGAUCUAAUUUUGACAUUAAAAAUGUUGAUUGUUUAUGGUUUUAUAGCUUUUUUUGUGUAUAGAUUAUAAUAGUUCCCUUUUCACAGUUUCAGCAAAAUACUGUUCCCCUUUAUAUUCAUUAAGUAUAUAUAAUGACAAUUAAAGCAUGCAUUUUAAAAAUAUAUCAAUACAUAUUGAUUCUUUAGUUUUUUUUAAAUACCUGUAUUAUUCAAAUGUAUAGGAACAGCCACAUACCAAACAGAUUCUUUUGAUUAGUCCACAAUGUUCCAAGUUUGAGCUUAAAGAUUUAAAUUGAGUACAUAUUUAAGGAUAAGGGAUUUUGCACCUCUUUAUAAACAUACAUCAUCUAGAUGAGAUCACUGUCAAUGUGAAAGGAUUGUAUUUUUUUUUUAAAUAACCUUGAAAAGUAUCGCCUUUAUUCAAUAUUCACAAUCUAGUCUUCCAUUAUAGUCCAAAUUUUGUAAAGGCCUUUCUAUUUGUGAUAUUCAUUAAAAUGCUCUUGUAUGACUUUCA